AUGUGCCACUUUCGGGUCUCCUCACACUGCUGCCAGGUCCAUACUGAUUCAUGGCCCCUUGCCUCUGUAUGGCCUUCAAUUUAAGCUGCUUACGCUUCGCCACUCUGCCAUGGGCCCCUGUACCGCCUCCUCUUGCUGCUGCCAGGUCCAGAGUGUGUCAUGGGUCCCUGUACGGCCUCCCAUUGCUGCUGACUUCAUCGCCAGACUCUGCCAUGUGCCACUUUCAGGUCUCCUUACACUGUUGGUGGGUUCCAUUUUGUGAUAGGGUGCUGUAUGGCCUUCCAUUGCUGCUGCCUCCACCGCCACCCUGCGCCAUGUGCCUC